CUUGACUCCUGUGCUCAUCCUCUGCUCCGGCUCCGUGUCUCCGGGAUGCUGAGCGGGCGGGCGGGGCCGUGUUUCCUUGCAGUACCCUGCUGUGGGUCGAUGUAACAGGACGCGGAACAAACGUCCUCACGGCUAUUUGUUCAGAAAAUUCAAAAUAUUUCCAGUCUGCGCCAUUCUGAAGGCACAAUGGAUAUACAAAGCAAACGAUUUUAACGUUAGUGUUACUGGAGCAUCGGUCGUAUACGGACAUCUUGAGUGUGUAAACAGGAGAGCGGAUCGGGGGUGUUUUUUUUGCUCCACGCAGCACCAUGGCGUGGCCGUGUAUCAGCAGGGCGUGCUGCAUGGCCCGGUUCUGGAACCAGCUGGACAAGGCCGACAUCGCCGUGCCUCUGGUCUACACCAAGUACACGGACGUGUCGGAGAUGCAGCACGUCCAGCUGCAGCCGCCGCUCCAUCCUCCUCCGGGCCGCGUCGCCAUAGAAACGCAGCCGCCAUCCGCAGCAUCCGCGGCGCGCGGGCCGCGCAGGUGCGUCUCCGAGGAGCGCGUGUGCAGCUCGGUGAUGCGCGAGGACUUUAAGCACUGGAAAGUGCGGCCGGAGCCGAGCUGCAAACCCAAGAGCAGGUACCACGAGCCCGAGACGCCGUUCAACAGCGAGACUCAGUACCAGAAGGACUUCAAGCCCUGGCCCAUCCCGAAGAGGGGCGACCACCCCUGGAUACCCAGACCGGACACGGCCAGGCUCGUGCCUGCGGACUCCGGCGUGGAGAAGAGCGCCAUCGCCGACAAGGUGCAGGAGAAAGACCUGCUGCAGCAGAAGAAGCGAACCCACAAGCAGGACGGGGGGAGGAAAGUAGUCCCGAAGGUGGAAGGAGAGGGCAAAGGCAGGGCGGCCGUGGACGCUCUGAACAGGCAGAUCAAAGAGGAGAUUUCAGCUGGAACCUCGUACAAAACGGAGUUCAAAGCUUACAGAGACGUAAAGCCAGUGAAGAUGAUCCGGGCCAAGUCUCAGUACCUGCCACCGGAUGAGAGGACGAGCCUGGAGACCAGCUACAGUUCCACCUUCAAGGCUCAGGCCCCACAACAGCCCACCGACAACAAGGCCCAGGAGAGGAGGAGGAUACGUAGUUUGUACAGCGAGCCUUACGUAGAACCCAGAAAACAGGUUGACAGGCAUAGUGUCCCGCGCUCCAAACCCAAAAAGUCUGCAGCCACCGCAGCCGGCCAGGGCAAACCAGCGAGGAAAGCCAAAGAUAAGCAGAGCGGGAAAGGCUCCAAAAAGACGACAUCGGGGAACCAGCCCGAGAGCCAGCCGGCGGUGGGGGACAAGGAGAAAAGUAAAGAGAUCAACAACAAACUGGCUGAGGCAAAAGAGGUUGUGCUAAAACAGUACCACUACAUUCAACUCUGCCAGCCAAUCCGAGACAUUGGCUGGGUGCAGACUCUAAAGCAACACCUGUGGGGCUGUGCACUACCCGAUCCCAGAGAUGCUAAAGACGAGGUUCUCGGACCCAGUCAUCAUCAUUCCCAGGGUGCUGCUGGAGGAGGACCACUACCACCACUGGAAAGCCCCGAACCUCGGAGGAGCGCAGGGGUCGUACGCUUUGCCGUAGAUGGGAACCAGACUGAGUAGUACUACCUGGAUUCACGUGUAUGAAGAGACUCCUGCUUGGUUUUGUAAAUACAUAUAUAGUGUUUUAAGUUGGAAAGAAAAAGAGGUGGAUUCCAGGUGAAAACAUCGAGGAAGAAAACCCAUACCUUUGAAACACGCAUGUUUGAAGCAGCCUCAAGCUCACAGGUCCCAGCUGUUUUAACCAUGGCAUUAUCGCAAUGGUGCUACAUUCUUUUCUGGUUUCAUGCAGCUUCUUUUAAAGAAAACAUGUUAGUAUUAUUAGUACCAAUAGAACACCAUGAAGUGCUUAAUAAUUACAAAAAAAAAACUGUGCUAUACAUUGAUCACUUUUAGUCUAAAUAAAUGAGCAAAUUGCUGCACUGAAUUGUAAUUUUUGUCAUUUGUAGACUGUAUUCAUGAGAGAUGGAACAUUGAAGAAGAUCCAAAAUUCUGUAUUUACUUCCAAUCAGAUGUGCCUUUACAGUUUAACACUUCAUAAUUUAGCAGAUUACAUCUCAGUUCAUUCCACGCUAUCGUACCAACAAAAGGUAAUCCUCAUCCAAAUCAUAUAAUAUGAUACGACCCGGGGAGUUAUUUCAGGCAGGCAAUCUGCAGUGCAUGUGCCGGCCAAUUCACCCCUCUGAAUGGUUCGUUCCAAUUACUUGAUUUGUUCUUUGACCUAUUUAAGGAGCAAGACAUAUACAUUCUUAGAUGCAAUCGGAUGUUUUACUGACAAAGCUCAUUAUCAAUCCCAUCUCCACCCCAGCUUACACCUGUGGGCUCCGAUUCAAGGGGGGGUGUGAGCCUGAUAAACUGCUUGAAUGGAGCCUCAACACCAAAGCCAUAUAUGUGUUAUAAUUAAAGUG